AUGGCAAGGAAGGACCGCUACAACAAGAAGAUCCUGAAGUAUUAUGUCACGUACAACGAAGAUGACUCGGACAUGGACGAGCAGAUCGACACCGAAAAACAUGAAGAGCAAGAGACGGGCAAGCAGAAGCUUGACCUGAGCGGCCCGACGAGCAGCGGCUUGGAGAAGGCGCCCACGGUGAGCGACAGCGAUCAGGAGAGCUCCGCGGAUGAGAAGGAGAAGAAGGCCAUUGAG